GGGGGUACCAUAAACUAGGGAAAUAACAUUCAACAGCCAGAGGAUGAGUCCUUAAACGCACCACCAAAGAACGAAAUCCAGUAAAAGGUGACUGAUUGUAUUUCCUGGCUCAGCAGUUUAAGGAGGAGGAGUAAUAUGGACCUGAAAAGUGAGACAGUCUUGCUGGACUCGGAGAGAAGUAUUCCCACCGUACAAACACCGAGGACAAGGCAUGACGCAGGUGCUUGCCGGAAAGUUUGGAUGAACCGCGCAGCAGCAAAACUCUGCUGAAGAGGCGACAGAGGAGGAUCUCAACACGGACUGGACCACGGUGCGAUGGAAACCGGUGACAGAAGAACCGCUGGUGCUUACUUCACCUUCUGAUCAAAUGAGUAGUUUUUAAAUGCUGCGCAGGAAGGAUGAAGCACUUUUUACUUCGCUGUUUUCUACUGUGGGCGACGCUGCAGCGGCGCAACACGCAGGGUGCUCUACCUGCCACAGAGUUAAACUGCUGUGAAGGGGAUAUCCUCCUCCUGCUGGACUCCUCAGGAAGCUUGUCAAACUACGAGUUCUCAAGGCUGUUGCUCUUCUCCGGCGAGCUGCUUCGCCCCUUCUCACUGGGCCCGGGGCACGUAAGAGUCGGGCUGCUGCAGGUGGGUACAAACCCGAUCCUGGAGUUUGGCCUGGACGUCCACAACAAUCAGGAGAGUCUGCAGAAAGCGCUGCAGGGUAUCCGCCACCUGCAGGGGGACACCAACACUGAGGCGGCGCUCAGGGUGGCCCAGCGGCUUCUGACAGAGAUGGAGGAGAAGGUGCCGAAGAUCCUGCUGUGGCUGACUGAUGGCGUGCAGCCUGGGGACGUGGACGAGCCGAUGUCCGAGCUGAAGGCGCAGGGAGUUUCUGUGCUGGCCGUGUCUACGGUACAUGGCAACUACCAGGUGUUACAACGGGCCGUGACACCACCUCUGGAGUCUCACCUCUACGCUGUGGACAUAGAUAACAUUGACAUCAUCACAGAGGACCUGAGGGACGCCAUCAUUGAAAUCAUUCGUGCAGAACGGCUGCGUGUGGUUCACUUGACUUCCCACAGUGCCGUGCUGCAGUGGCGUCCUGUUCUGGGUGCAGGCAGCAGUUACUAUGAACUCCAGUAUCACUCUGUGAAGAAACUGGACCCUGAGACCAGACGCAUUCUCCCAGGCGACUCCAGCUGGGUAGAGCUGACCAACCUGCACCCCGAUACCUCCUACACAGCGUAUCUCCACCCACAGUCCAACCAGCAGCUGUUCAACACACUCUCUGUGGACUUCACCACACUUCCUGAUAUUUUAAGCCCGGCCGUGGUGUCCGUGUCAGACUCUGGCCCUCGUCAGAUCCGUGUGAGCUGGGGGCCUCUGCAGCCGCAUCGAGUCCAGAGAUUCUCGGUGGAGUAUGGAGCGAUCCCGAGCGGGCACGUCCGCACCGUGACGUUACGCAACCAGCAGAACUCCACCUUACUUACCGGUCUGGAGCCAGGCACUCAAUACCUGGUCACAGUCAGCGCUCUGCAUGUGAAUGGAAAAGAAAGAGCCAUGUCUGUGAGGGCGUGCACUCAAGAGGCAGCUCUGCCCGCCCUGGCCGACCUUCAGCUGAUCCCGGUGCAGCGUCAGGAGGUGCAGGUGGCGUGGCAGGCCCGUCAGGAAGGCCUGAGAGGCUACUGGCUGAGCUGGGAGAGAGAGGGUUCACUCCGCUCCUCCUGGAAGCCCUCCACCUCUUCGGUCUACCUGCCUCCCACCUCUAUUUCAACGCGGCUAACACGCCUCGCGCCAGGCAGUCGAGUGUGCGUGUCCCCCGUCUACAGCUCUGGCCGGGGAGACGGGAUAUGCUGCACUACAGAGAGAGACACAGAAGCCAACCAGUGGGGUUAACAACCAAACCAAUCAAGCAGCUGGAGCAAAACAAUUAGUGAAAUGGAGCAUUUGAACUGCUGGGUGCACUAGAUACUCCUGUAUAGGACUGAAUAUUAAUUCUCAGUUCUUAAAUGACAGAAAAGCCUCUAUCACAUAGCCCCAGCCCUCUGUCCUCACAAUGGUUCAACAAAUCUGGUGUAAUUAUAAUCUAUUUGUCCUGAAAAUGAAAAUAUCCACCAAAUUUGCAGGAAAGCCGUCCUACACAGCAUCUCGGAUGUGUUCGAACAUAUCAGAGUUGGUCAGAGUGUGCAGGUAAAGCUGCCGCCAUGGUUUGUGCAAGGAACCAUUGUUAUAGACAAUUGUUAUUUAUUAUUGUGAUUUACCGUCUGUUAUCAUAACAGGAUCAGCUGUCUCUUAAAGUGUACUGUUACAUAAUCACAGGUGUGUUUACUAGAAAAUGUAUGAAAUGAUCUCUUCUCCUUGCACACAUAUUUAAAGAUCUUAACACGUUAAGAGGUGUCCUGCCCUGUGUCCCCCUGAUUUCAGAUCAAAAUCCAAAUUUCUGGCAUCACCUUUCACUAGUUUUAAAUCUUCAUAGCUGUAAAUCACAUAUUUUCUGGCUCAUCUGAGAAGUGAAACAGGAUGAGAUAAGCUUGAGAACACUACAGAUAAGUCUUUGAGGUACAAUAAACCACACAACAUCUCCAUUAUAAAUUGCAGAGGUACAAGAAGAAAUAUAUAGGUGUUUUGAUGAACUGUGACCUGAGAAGCUGAACUACAGUAGCCAGGAUUGCAUUUGUUUUUCACUUCAUGAUUUAUUUUAAAUGGCCAAGGGCACAGAAGGCAGAGUGGUUCGAUCCCCACCUUCUCUUGUCCACAUGUCCAAGUGUCCUUUGGGUGAGACACUGACUGCCAGUUUGCUCCAAAUCCACAAGCCAGUGAAAUGAAUUGCUGGUUCCAGGCCUGGAUAAAUUGGGAGGGUUGCAUCAGGAAGGGUAUCUACCGUAAAAAAAACAAACAAAAAACUAAUGCCAGAUGAAAUAUGGUGAUCUUCCAUGAAGGGAUUGCCAGCAGGAUGGAGAGAGAUGAGCCACUGUGGUGCAGCUGUAGAGGCUAGAGGAAGAAGGUUCAUUUAGAGGCAGAAUAAAAGGUGAUGAGAUGUGAUCAUCAGUAAUCAUCUUGAGCAUCAAUUACUUCUACCUAUCAGAGCCUGGCAUCAGUCUGAGGCUGAAGAAACUUUGGAUGCCAAGUUAGAGGACCAUGACCUUGUCUGUUAACGUUAUUUUAGAUUUGCACGACGCUUGACACUGAUUCAUCAUUCACAUUUUCCUUUUACAGGAAGUGUGUGUAUUUAAGAAAAUUAUCCAAAUGUAUUGCUAUAACAGAGUUGUGUUGCACAGCGGUGGAAGUACAAAGAUAUUUUUCCAAAAUCCAUUUUGUGGCUGCAGGCAGCAAAUCAUAGAUGAACUAACUGGCGAACCAAAAACAAUGCAGUAUUAAUGUCUGAUGGCAUUAAUCAUUUUUAUCUAUCUAUGAUGACCAAAGUUCUACUUUUUAUGUAACAGUUGCGGCCUUUUCUGGAUUAUUCAUAAUAUUGAAAGUAUCAAACUUUUUGAUUUUGAAGCUUAUCAUAAACAAGUUAGAAAAAGAUGAAUCUUUUUUGUCAUGAGAAGACAGAGUUCAUACAUUUCUCUGGAUCACAGACAUUCACAGUCUGGUUUGUGGUCAAUGAUAAAAACACAGAGAGGAUGUUUGUAAAGCAUAAAGAUGAUUGCUGUAUUUUACAUUAUCGUCUCUUCAGAUAAAAUAAAUUCAGCCUCCUGAUUCUGUACAGCUCUCUUAAGUAUUCGAUCAAUAUAUUGAAUAUGUACUGUGAAUGAAUAUAUAUAUAUAUAUAUAUACACACAAGUACAUAAAUUUAAAUGUACUUGUUUUGUAUUUAUGUGCUACUGAAUUUACUGCCAGGCUUGUCUGGUACAGUGUUUCUCUGGACGAAUGAAAGGACAAGAGAAAGAAGAUUUCUAUAAAAGAUGUUUUGCACAGUGUCUAUAAGAAUCAGUUUCUUUCUUUUUUUUUUUUUUUUACAUUGUAAAAAAAACAUUGAAGAUGUGUCCUGCUCCCUGGUACUCAUUUAUUUGGUUGUUCGUGGGGCCAUCUAGUGGUUGUUGGCUAUAAUCAGAUAUUGCAAUCUGAGAAAAUGGUAAACUUGGUGCCAUAUUUUCACGAGACAUAAGAGACAAAGAUCAUGCACCAUUAAAUUUUAUUACUUUAAAACACCCAAAUCCAUUAAUGAAGCAUUCUCCCAAUAGAAAGGGAUGUAAUGCUGUUAAAUGGAACAAUAAAACGCUGUUUUACUGCCUCAGAUAGAAGAUAAAGGAAAGGACUAAGAGGUAGUAGUCAGUUGAAAGUGUAUUACUUUUGAUAAAAUCUUAAAAUUGCUGGCAGUUACUGCGAAUAAAUAAAAGGACCUACUGAUGCC